UCAUCAUAAGCAGCACCGCGGCGGCAAUGUCGGGCAGGUCGGUCCGGGCGGAGACCCGCAGCAGGGCGAAAGAUGACAUCAAGCGGGUCAUGGCCGCUAUUGAGAAAGUACGAAAAUGGGAGAAGAAAUGGGUGACUGUCGGUGACACGUCCCUUCGCAUCUACAAGUGGGUCCCGGUGACAGAACCCAAAUCGGAUGACAAGAGCAAAAAUAAGAAGAAGGCAAAAGAUGAGAAGUAUGGCUCUGAGGUAACCACUCCAGAAAACAGUUCAUCUCCAGGGAUGAUGGACAUGCAUGAUGACAACAGCAAUCAGAGUUCCAUCGCCGAUUCAUCUCCAGUGAAACAGGAAAACAGUUGUAGCACCAGCCCUGCACCAGAGCCCGCUGUGGUGUCCCACCGUGACAACAAUGAGGCCAAAAAUGACCAGAGCCCUGACAGCAAGAGGGGUAAGAGCGCCCCCUCCUCAGAGACCUCAGAGAAAGCACCAAGUGCCAAGAGAGAAGGUCUGUCCUCAGGAGAUAAAGACUCUUCAGACAGUAAAGCCACUCAGGAGGAGGAGGAGGCCCCACCCAGCAAGAAAAGCAAACUGGAGUCUUCAUCUCAGGACUUUGAGGAGAGUUAAAUGUCCUGGGGUUGAGUCGUUUCUCUCCUCAGUCCUGUCUUUCCCUCCCUCUACAUCUCCCUCUGUUAGCCCACGAUUCUUUCGGGGGGUAAUGGACGCACCGGCUCUGCUGUCUCUCCUCUGUCCUCCUUUAGUACCCUAUACCUGUUAAUACCAAAGAGAGAAUGGACAUCUCUCUUCCCCGCCUAAUUUGGGAUUCCCCAGUUUCCCCCCCCACCCUUUUGCUGUAACACUCCUCCUCUGCCGCGGAGGGAGAAUGGAUAUUACCUCUAUUCACAAAUCCCCUCGGUGGUUCCUUACACAAAUGCCAAGAGAAACCCUGAAUCCAGGUCCCCCCCCC